GAAGAAGUGAAUUAUCCAUUGCGUGAUCGUGGGGAGGGUCUACGGACUAUUCUGACCGUGAAAGAGGGAUCAGCAGUGCACACGCACUUGUAUAUCUUAUUCUAGUCAUUGUAUGGAUGUUAGAAAAGACGCCUAUGCAUGACGGGCGUGGAUUGCGACAAAGGCUGGCAGAUAAGGGAUCGACUGUCAUUGUCAUCCCUACCUAAUUUGGCAUAUGGUCAGCUACGGAGACUAGACAAAGGCAAGAGGGGUCAGAUUGCCUCAUAGGCAAUUACCAAACUCGGGUGGGCUGUAACAUCGUUCAUGUUCGGAUUUGUCGCUGCCCUGUAUAGUCCUCCGGAAUUAAUCUCCAGAGAUUUGUCCACAGCACGCCAGGAUCCUGUGUCGAUCAUCAUGAGGACACCCCAGAAUAAGGACAUGCUGAAGACAUGCUGCGAGGAAUUUGGAGGAAAAGCAAAGAGACUGCGAGGAGUCGAAGGCGUCUGGUGACAUAAGCUGCCAUAAUUGGUAUGUUCGGGGCAUGCAGUUACCCCCCAGCACCGCCGCAGCCGAGAUAAGGCGAGAGUACUUAAGGACGGCCGCGUAUCCUUGGCUUUCCCCCUGCUCUGUCUUCCCUUCAUCCUCGGGGAGACUCACCUUUCUCUUCAUCCACAUCUUCACUCCUUUACAAUGCGUCGUUUACUCGUCGCUUCACUCGCUGCCGCCGGUCUUGCGGCUGCACUCGCACACGAUACUCAUAGUGACAGCAACCAACUCCGUCGUCGUAAGACACUUGGUUUUGGUCCCGCUCAUCCCCAUGCCACCUACAGGACUGCGCCUCUUUACACCACUGACAGCUUUGGUGCAGUCCGAGAGGACCCCAUUGAAGUUGCACGGAGGUUCAUCCUGGAUAUCACCAAGGACAUCGACGCUGGAAGUCAUUUCGUCAUUCGUAAGGACUCUUACACUGACAAGAACACGGGCAUCACGCACGUUUUCGCCCGCCAGUUUGUGGAAGGCGUAGAGAUCGCCGAUGGUGACAUUAAUGUCAAUGUGAAAGAUGGCGUGAUUCUAUCUUACGGUGACUCAUUCCACAGAGGUCCCCUGGGUGACCCUUUUAGCCUCACCAGUGAACGACUGGACGUGCACUCUGAAUACUGCAAUCAACUUGCCGCAGAGAUGCAGUCUCGCGUCCAUCGUAUUCAACAUCAGCUCUUCGGCGAGCAAACACCAAUGCGUGAUGUGCUCGAUCGUGAGCAGCAAGGCUUUGAAACACUCUUCGAGUUGCGUGAAUGGAACUGUGCUCACGUCGAUACUCCUUACAAGAUGUCGGUUGAGGGCAAGUUCUCCGCUUCCUCUGAGGAGGCUUUCGCUGGACAGGCUCUUCUGCAGUUCAUGAUCGCUGCCACCCCCAACUCGGGUUUGGCAGAGUCUAUGGCGCAACGUCCAUCAGAUUAUCUUAACAAGAUGACGUUCAGCUAUGUGCAUGAUCUCACUGGCGAGAGUGUCACACCCGCUUUUAUCAUCGACAACGUACCCGAUGCGGUCAGCCCAGUAAAGGCCAAGAUGGUGCUCGUGCAAGUGCCCAGUGGUCACGCAACCACACUUGAAGCUGUUUGGAGGUUUGAGGUGGAGAUGCAAGAUAACUGGUACGAGGCUGCCGUUACGGUAACGGAGCCUCAUCGCAUCGUCUCCGUUGUUGACUGGGCGUCCGACUCUCCGAUUCCUACCGAACCUUCCGAACCCAAGACCGCAACCUACAAUGUCUUCGCGUGGGGCGUCAAUGAUCCAUCCGUCGGAAAUCGUUCAGUCCAGAAGGAGAACUUCGACCAUCUGGCUAGUCCUAUCGGCUGGCAUUCGUUACCUACCUACAAUGAUCCGGCGACAACGUCAUCUCACAGCAAGGUGUUUAGGAACACCACCGAUACCUGGGGCAACAAUGUUUUCGCCCAUGAGAAUUGGGAGGGUAGGAAUGCUUGGGUAACGAACUACCGACCCGACGCGGGCGAGAGCUUGAACUUCAACUUUACCUAUCACCCGAAAGAGACAAAUCGAACUGAUUCUAUGGACGAGGCAAAGAAGUACAUCAACACGACCAUCACACAGUUGUUCUACACUGGCAAUAUGAUCCACGAUUUGUACUACCGUUACGGUUUCGACGAAGUUUCGGGCAACUUCCAGCAACACAACUUCGGUCGCGGUGGUGAGGAGGGUGAUGCUGUCAUCAUGAACGCUCAGGACGGCAGCGGAUUCAACAAUGCCAACUUCAUGACACCGCCUGAUGGUCAGAAUGGUCGCUGCAGGAUGUACCUUUGGAACACUGCCAAUCCUUACCGCGAUGGUGAUCUCGAGGCUGGCAUCGUCAUCCACGAGUACAGUCAUGGUCUGAGCACCCGGUUGACUGGUGGUCCCGCUAACUCUGGAUGUCUCGGUUGGGGCGAAUCCGGUGGUAUGGGUGAAGGUUGGGGAGACUUCCUGGCUACCACCGUCCGUAGCAACAAGAACUACUCCGAUUAUGCCAUGGGUGCUUGGGCCGCAAACCGAGAGACUGGUAUCCGCAACUACGUAUACUCCUUGAAUGAGACCGUCAAUCCGUCUACCUACAAGACCCUCGAUAAGCCUGGCUACUGGGGUGUCCACGCCAUUGGUGAAGUUUGGGCUCAGAUCCUCUGGGUUGUCUCGCAGCGCCUCAUCCAGAAGCACGGUUUCAUUGACUCGCUUUACCCGCCUCUUCCCGAUGCGGACGGUACCGUUCCCGAAGGCGACUUCUACCGUACUCAGGAGUAUACUUCGUCUGGUGAGAAGAAGCCUCUGGUACCCAAGCACGGCAACUCUUUGAUCUUCCAGUACACUCGUUAUCAAUGGCAUGAAGCUCCAACCCUGCCGACCUUCGUUCUUCGACGCUCGUGACGCUAUUAUAGCAGCUGACCAGGCUUUGACUGGUGGCGAGAACUUCUGCGAUCUCUGGACUGGCUUCGCCUCCCGUGGACUUGGACCUGAUGCUCGUGUUGAUGGCAGGACGCCAUGGGGUGGAGGAGUUCGCACUGACGACUAUGCCGUUCCCAAGGCUUGUAAAUCACAGGAUGAGCCUGUACCUGAGCCAGAGCCUAAACCUACCCCUCCAGGGGAUGGAGACGACGACGACGACGAUGAUGAUGACGACGAUGAUUUCCCUUGGUUUUGGUAGAGCAUCUGGCCCAUUUUUACCUUCAAUCGCACUUUGGGUCGGUUGGUUCUCGUUGUAAUAUAGACGUCUUAUCUUGAUUUCUUGUGUACUUUUACGUUGGACCGCUUGGACAUAGCAUAUGCAUCGUUUUACUAGAGUGUUAAAUGUCGGAAAAAGUUAUCUGCAGUUAUGAUUUAGAUAAUGACAACUUACAACCUCAUUUGUGACCGAGGUUGUAAGCUAUUGCAACGGCAAUCACAAGCAAUUAUUUGCUCGUAAUGAGCUUGUAACCGGUUAUAACCUCAACUCAACUAAGGGAGACUUGUUGUAGCGCCUUAUAGCUAAUAUUUUAUUUUUCCGACGUUUUUUGGCUGCCUGAAGCACCGUUAAUUGAGUUUGCCAU